AUGCACAGCAUAUUCUCUCGUGCACGCACAAUCUCUACGCCCAAGAAGUCGGUCGACACUACCACCCCCGACGAGUUUGGGAGGGUCAACAGCAGAGGCUCCGCCCGCGGCCUCACCGCCUCUCCCGCCCCGGGCAAGAAGGACAAGAAGGACGGCAAGGACAAGGGCAGGGCGCGCACCGCAUCCGCCGCAGAGCCCGACAGCCCCGAGUAUGCCGUCCCCGAUGGCACGUUCCUGCCGCUCAGCCUCGACCCGCCGCGCUUCGAGGCGACCGCGGACCAGCCCGCGUUCGAGCAGCAGAAGGGCCACGACUACGGCCACCUGUCCUACCAGCGCCACGUCGUGCUCGGCCUCGAAGAGGUCGCGCGGCUGGUGGACGUCGUCGGCAACGAGCUCGCGCUGCGCGGCCUGACGACGCCGUUCAUCUUCUCCGCACUCGCGCUGGACGUGUCGUCCAACUCCGUCAAGCGGCUGAUCCGCGCGUUCGUGCGCACAUGCAGCAAGGCGUCGCCCGAGGCGGACCACCAGUGGCACGAGGAGGCGCGGCUGGCGGGGCCGCAGGAGCUGGGGAUGUGCCUGCGGUGGGGGCUUGCGCGCGUUAUCCGCAUCAUGAAGGGCCAGGAGGUGCGUGGGGUUGUCUCGUACGAAAACUACCUCGAGUGGCGGGACGCGGAACUAGCGCACAGCUACCCAGAGUCGCACUUUGCGGCGUUCCUCGCACCGCUCGCACCGCUCGUGCGCUCGAUCAUCGUCGGGCUGCUGACGCUGCUCUCGCGGUUCAUCGCACAUUCAGGGUCGUCCGGGCACACGCCGCCUACGCUCUCGCCGCUAUUCGGACCGCUGCUGUUCGGCCUCGGUCCAUCGACGCUCUCGUUUCACCAGGCGUACGUCGCGUACUCACGCGUGACGACGGCGACAGAGCACCUCAUACUGGCGUUCAUCCGCUGGCAAGACGCUCCGAAGCCCGGCUCGGGCGCGAGCGCGGCGCCGCUCAUGGGCGUGCCGACGCGGCUGAAGGCGUGGAUCCAGGGCUACCCUGCGAUGCUGCCCGCGAUCGGGAAGCUGGACCGACGGCCGGAGCCGCGGCGGGGCGCGCGUACGGUGCGCGUCGUGGCCGUGCGGCGGAACGUGCGAAUGUACUCGCCCGACCUCGUCAAGACGGCGGCGAGCUGGGCGCAGCGCCCGCGUGGGCCAACAUCCAACAUGGCGGAGCGCGCGUUCGUGGGGUCGAGGGAAUGGGAACGCGUCGCGCCGCCGACGCUGAAGCUGCCGCCACGCUACUCGGACGCGUACCGCAAGCGAAUGGACCUCGCGCCGAACUUCCAUCCCGCCACGGGAGCCGGAUCGACUUCGUCCUCCAUGGACGAAGACCGCUUCCGCAGCCUGACAGACCUCAAGUGGGGCGAGUUCGAGGCCAUGGGCUUCGGCGACGUGGCGGAUGGCAAGAAGCUGCAGUUCGACCUGACGGAAGGCGCCCGGGCGAUGGUGGGCUCUUCACAGGCACGCGCCGCGAAACGAGCCACCCUGACCUGGCAGGACUUCUCCUCGUCGGGCUUCUCGAGGACAGAUGCACCUCUCAACGCCACGCUCCAGUUCAGUACGCCCGUCACAAAUACAGUUAACUCCUGGCCCGCGCAUUCGGUGGAGAUACAUCGGAAGCUGAAGAAGGCGCAGAAGGCGCUACCGUCGUUCGGCUGGGAUACGGAGCCUGUGCUCGGCUCAGAGGAGGUCGUCGAGGAGGCAUUCGUUGACGUGUUCUGCGACCUCGUGUACGGCGGAGGUUGGUUGGACAUUGAGAGAUGUGAAGAGGUUGAUCGAGAGUGUAACUGGGCUUUGGUGGAGUUCAAGUCACUUCCGAUGUCAAAAUCUACGGUCUCGGGUACCGCUGAUCCCCGCACAUCGUCUACUAUGUUUCUCUUUGAAGAAUUUGUCCCCCUUGAGUAUAGGCAGCAGCUAGCGUCGUCAGGGCGCGCGCGACGGCGGAUGCCUUCAUUCUUCGGCAACGGCUCAAAGUCCAAGCAGUGGAAACCUGCCGCAACGCUCAAUGGUCGUCCCUAUGUUGUCGGGCACGUACCGAGCAGUCCGUCGUACCGCGAAGUCGAGUUCGAGGGUUUGCUCCGCCAGAAUGGCACUGCAACGAAGGUUAUCUCUCUUGCACGUCCCGCCGAGUCUCGAAACGUAACUUCUCCCAGCGCGGUCGCUUCUCCUAGUACGCUCGCCUCACCCAACUCUGUUGCUCCUUCCCCUACUCCGGCGGCGACCCUUCCCCAACCUACGAUACGGCUCGAGGCCACUCCAAACCCCCGGCCGAAACGACAUGAUGCCCUGGACAUCGCCACCCAGAUACACCGGCGUACGUCGCGGUUUAGGCUUCCGACGGGGCUGCCUGUUAGUCCAGGCGGAGCACGAAGGUCGGGAUUACCUCCAGCCGAAUACGAGAGUAUCGACUUUGACGCACGUCUGACCAGCUUCUCCGACGAUGACCUGCUUGAUGGCGGUCGCGACAAGCACGGCCGGCGGCGCUCGCGGGAUGACGCGUGGGUGGAUAUCCUCGUCGCGAAUAACAACCGUCGGAUGGCGAGUCAGGACGCGGAGCUGCGCAAUGGACAGAGGCUCAGGAGCCGGCGCUCGGAUCCGGAGCUGGCGAGCCAGGAGCUGUCCGAAGUGUUGGCUGCCGUACGUGGACAACCCUUCUCCGACGACGAGGAUAUGAGCAUGGAGCCUGUGUCAAUGCGGCAGAGGGACCGCGACGAUGAUGGCGAUACUACCACUAUGGACGGCUCCGUCGUCCAGCACUCCAUUGGUCUACAAGAAAGAGAUUCCUACCUGUUCACCGAUGAUGAGACCGAAGAGGAGCCGAGACCUCGUCAACGGCGACCAACGUACUUCGAUCUCCACCCCGAUAGGCGUCCGCCGCGCUCGAUCGAUGGUCAGUCGCAUGAGCGGCAGUCGUACGACAGCGAUGCCUUCUCCACUGACUCAUAUGGCCAGUUCGACGAAUCGCCGACGCGCCCUCGGCUCAAUGGGGUGCGUCGUGGCGACGCAAUGUCGGAUUCGUACAUAUCGGAGGCGGAGUACGAGACGACGCCUAGCAACUCGCAGGUGGACCUGUCGGAUAGCGGUGGGCAGGAGAUUAGGAGGCCUGCGUACGUUGCCAUGAGCCCUCCCUCGCCCAAUGUUCCCACCUCACCAGCUCCGCCCCGCCCUCCACGUGCUAUUCCUGUUGCUACCCCAGGAACAGCUGCAGACGCCGCGAAGAGCAAGACGGCUUCCCUCAUUGAGAUGUAUCGCGAACGCGAGAAGACCACUCCAGGAUCUGCUGCCGCCCCGUCCAAGUUGCCGCUGCGCUCCGUCUCGUUGCCACAGAACCCCAAGCUGCCUGUUGGUGCUGCCCCGCCCGCCGUUCCCGGAGGCAAGAUACCUGAUGAACCGACGACCCCUACGGCCCCCGCCGCUCCUAAACCCACUGCGGAACCAUCAGAGUCAGAUGUGGAGUCUAUCCUUGAAGAGAUUCCGGAACCCAACCUUCCGGUGCGUUAUAUCCACGGUGCACCGUUGCAUAACGUGCUGGAGGAGGAGGAAGAGGAGGAUUAG